AUGGGGACUUCAGGGCCUGGGCAGAGCAGCUACGAUCUGUCGUUCAAGGUCUUGCUCGUCGGAGAUUCGGCCGUCGGGAAGAGCAGCUUGCUCGUCACUUUCAUUUCUAAUGUCGUUGAAGAUCUUUCGCCCACCAUAGGUGUGGAUUUUAAAAUCAAGUUUUUGACUGUUGGCGAGAAAAAGUUGAAGCUGACAAUAUGGGACACAGCUGGACAAGAGAGGUUCAGGACAUUAACAAGCUCAUACUACAGAGGCGCACAAGGGAUCAUCCUUGUUUAUGAUGUAACAAGGAGAGAUACAUUUACAAACUUAUCUGAUGUAUGGGCGAAAGAAUUGGAACUGUAUUCCACCCAUGAGGAUUGUGUCAAGAUGCUUGUGGGGAACAAAGUUGAUAAAGAAUCCGAAAGAGUUGUGAGUAGGGAAGAAGGGAUGACCCUAGCAAACGAGCUUGGAUGUCUAUUCUUCGAGUCUAGUGCAAAAACUCGAAAAAAUGUUGAACGGUGUUUUGAAGAGCUAGCACUAAAGAUUAUGGAAGUACCAAGACUUCUUGAGGAAGGGUCAAAUGUGAAGAGACAUAUCCUAAAACAGAAACAAGAACAUCAUCCGGCUCCUAGUGGUGGAGGUUGUUGCUCGUAG